AUUCAAGAUCUGAAGUUUUAGUGUUUGUCAACCAACGCCAUGGCCUCCAAACACACGGUGCAUAUGAAUCAAGGACAAGGGGAAACAAGCUAUGCUCACAACUCUACUAUUCAGAAUGCUGAACAAAACAAGAUGAAACCCCUGAUAGAAGCGGCCAUCCUUGACUUAGGCAGCAACAACAACACCUUGUUGCCGACAAAGAUGGUGAUUGCUGACCUGGGGUGCUCCUCUGGUCCAAACGCGCUAGUGCUGGUGUCAAUCGCGGUGAAGGCCAUCCAUAGUUACUGCAUUCAGUUCCAGCGGCCACCACCGGAAGUGUGUGUGCUUCUCAACGACCUACCUGACAAUGACUUCAACACUGUGGUGAAGAGCCUAGUCAAGCUCCACAGCAAUGAUCCUGUUGUUGUAACCGGUGUUUCUUCAGGGUCGUUUUACGAGAGGCUCUUCACUAGUGGAUCCUUGCAUCUUGUCUGCUCGUCCAACAGCCUGCAUUGGCUCUCAAAGGCUCCUGAAGUUCUAACCAGUAACCAGAUCUCAGCGUAUGGUAUGGAUGCGUAUGCUAGGCGUGAAAGUCUCCCAAUGGUCUUGGAGGCUUAUGGACAACAGUUCAGGAAAGAUUUCACACUUUUCCUGGAAUUAAGAGCCAAAGAGUUGGUCCCAGGAGGACGGAUGGUUGUUUCUCUUCCAGGGAGGCGUUCUGAUGAACUCGCCUCCAAAUUCUCUCACAUCUGGGAAGCCAUAGCUCAGAUUUUACGUGUCAUGGCUUCAGAGGGUGUGAUCAGCAAAUUGAAGUUUGAGUCUUUCUACGUGCCGAUGUAUGCACCUUCCGACGAGGAGCUGAGGGAGAUCAUCCAAGAAGAGGGAUCCUUUUCAAUUAGUGAGAUGCGGGUGCAUGACCUUACAAGCGGUGGGGACAGCACACUCAUUAUCCCAAGCAGGUUCAUAACUCUUUUGAGAGCUGUAUUUGAGCCGAUAAUAGUCCAGCAUUUUGGUAAUGUCAUGGAUGAAUUUGUGAGGACCGCGGAGCAGCGGUGGAGCCAGCCAGGCAGCUUGCAAGAAGAAAUUUCUGGAAACCCGCGAGUUAUGUUGGCUGUAUCUCUCGCGAAAGCAUGA